UUAUCUCAAAUUCCUAAAUACAAUUUAUACAUACCUACUAUAGGUACAGUCUUAUAAGAAGUGAGAGCCAAAAAUCCUGUAAUUAUGAUUACAACGAAGUUAAAUAUUAUUAUGGUGCUUAUACUGGUUGCUCAUAAUACGAAUCUACUAAACGCUGAUCAAGAUAAUAAAUUCGGGAUAAUCGGAGGAAAUAAAACAACAAUUGAAAAGCAUCCCUGGAUUGUUUCCAUCCAGUCGGAAGGAAGCCAUGAAUGUGGUGGAUCUAUAAUAAACGAGAACACUAUUAUAACUGCUGCGCAUUGUUUUGACACAGAAGAUGAGUUGCAGAUAGUUGCAGGUACUGCAGAUUUGACUCAAAAAGGCGAGGUUAUUAAAGUGGAGCGUUUGAUUAACCAUGAAAACUUCGAUUUUGAAACCAUGGACAACGAUAUUGCGAUUAUGAAGUUGUCGACAAACUUGACUUUUAAUGAGAAAGUUAAACCUAUAUCUCUUCCGGAAAAUAAACACAUAGCGGAUGGGACACCGGUGAUUGUAUCUGGUUGGGGAUCAAUAAUACCGGAUUCAGACAUCUCAUCGAAUGAUUUACUAGAGGUUGUGGUCUACAUUGUGAAUCCAGAAAUCUGCUAUAAAGAAAUGGGCAAUGAGACGACUAAUAACAUGAUUUGUGCAGGAGUCGAAAGGGGAGGUAAAGACAGCUGUCAGGGUGAUUCAGGAGGACCUCUUGAGCUAAAUAACACGUUAGUUGGUAUUGUAUCUUGGGGUUCUGGAUGUGCGGAGCCUAAAUCACCUGGAAUUUACACCAACGUAAUUAAUUAUAGAUCAUGGAUAGAAGAACAUAUUAACAUAUAAAGUACCCUUUUAAUACAUUCUUUGAAAUCUUUGAAAAAAAUUGUAAUAUUAUAACCAUGUAAUAUGUAAUACAUAUAUCAUAAAGA